AUGGAAUCUGAUGCGCGUCCUUCAACCUUUUCAUACUGCGAUGCUGAUGAGAAAAAUCUCGAGCUAUUGCUUCAAAUGUUUGGUGCUGUGGUUUCGCUUGACGAUAUAGCGUCUGCUUACUGUCAAUCAGGUCGUGACAUUUACAGUGCGGGUAAUAUCCUCUGUAGUUUGCAAAGAAACACAUCUAAAUCUUCCAACCUGUUAGAGGAGGAUUUGGAGUCCACAAGUACGUCUUCAGCAUCCUCAUCUGACAACUCCUUGGAGCUUUCUGAAGCUACUAAGUCUAAGCCGAAAAAGUGUUCGGCUUCCGUGGGAACUGUUUCUGGUGUUAUUGGAAAAUCUUAUGCUAAACCCAAGGUUUCAAGUAAUGGAUCUUUCAAACAGAAGCCAUUGAAAUUGAAUGCAGAUGAUUUCCCUGUUUCUGAAUUAUGGAGUGAGAAAGAUUUUCAAAUCCCUAUCUCAAAUGGUGACACCAUGCAUCAGGAUAUUGAGGAAUUCCUUUUUCAAAUGCUCGGUGAAGGCUUUUCUCUGGACAAGAGCGUCAUUCAAGAUAUUGUUGGGCAAUGCGGUUAUGAUGUGACAAAGAGCAUGGACAAACUUCUGUACUUGUCUGCGUCGAAGUUGGGGAAAAGUGAUGAUAUUCUUGAAGCACCUGUUGGAAGACUAAUGAACAAGAAUCCUAAUAUGGGGCUUGUACAGCCUGAAUCUCCCAUCCAUCAUUCUUCUUCUGGAAGGCCACUUUCUGACACAAAAAAGAGUGAUCUUGAGAAAGAAGUUUUAGAGGCAUUAUUUAAUUAUUCUGUAAGACCUGAGGAAGAAGAUAAGGAUUAUUUCCCAAGGAGAAUUGUCAGGACAUCUUCAGCAUAUGGGAAGGUGGUUGAGAAGCCUCUGAAUGAGACAAUAAUAGAACAUCGUUCUGUCAUCAGAAGAAAGCGAGUUAAUGUGAAUGAUGAGGAGGGUGAGGAUAGCUAUGAUGGUUUACGAAAAGCAGUGACGGAGUACUGGCGUGUUAUGAAAGAGUACUAUAAAGCUGCUGCUGAUGCAUUUGCCAAUCAAGAUCACGAGAAAGCUCAAAAACUGAUGGAAGAGGGUCAUUUCUUUAUGAAGAAGGCACGAGAGGCAGAUGAAAAAUCUGCCAUAAAGCUUUUUGAAAGCAAUGAUGAGGAAGAGAUAUAUGUUGAUUUGCUUGAUUUUGAACCUAAAGAAGCCGUACACUGUCUGAAAGUUCAAUUGACUUCUCUUUCCGGCGUUCCAGGUUUUACACAUCUCAAGGUACGUCUGGGGAGAGACGAGGAAAGUGCUAAGGAUGGCUCUAGAAAGCGCCGGAUCACGAGGCUUCUGACAAAAGAGGGCAUUAUGUGGGCCGAGGAAGAGAAUGGGUGGGUAUAUGUCAUCGCGAUAGACCGGAUUGAUCCCAAAAAACUGAGCUUCGCUAACAAUCAGAGUGUCAUAUUAGCAAAUCAUUCACCACUGUGUAUGUAA